GUGCGCAUGGCGCCGGUGCAGGCGCUGCCGAUCGGCGGAGAUGUGCAUUCCUGGGGCAGUGGCGAGAUGGGCCAACUAGGAUUCCCCCUCCUCGAGGACUUGCCAAAGGACCAGGACGGCUACCCCUACGAACCCACCGCGGGCCUGAUCAAGGCUUUCAAGCGAAUCAAGGUCUGCCAGAUUGCAGGGGGAGAUGGCCACACAGCGGCAGUGACGGUCCACGGCAAGCUGUACAGCUGGGGGGCGAGUGCUUGCGGCCAGCUCGGGCAUUGCGAUACCGAGCACAUGCCAAAGGAUGUCGAGGGAUAUCCAUACCAGCCGGUUCCUUUGUUGGUUCACAGCCUGCAGGACGUGUGCAUAGUUCAAAUUGCCUGCGGCGAUGCGCACACCGUGGCGCUGUCUCGGGAGGGCGCUUUGUACAGUUGGGGCGGCGGUGGCUGCGGGCAGCUUGGCCACUCGGAGACUUCCAAGAUGCCCAAGGAUGAGGAUGGCUGCCCGUACCAGCUCACCCCAAGAGUAGUCGAGCAUCUUCGGCCGCAUGUGGUCUCCACUAUUGCAUGCGGCAAGGCGCACACCAUCGCUGUCUCCGAUCAGGGGCGGAUAUUUACCUGGGGCGCCGGAGCUUGUGGCCAGUUAGGUCACCCCGACACCAGCAGCUUCCCUUCGGACGAAGACGGCUAUCCUUUUCAGCCAGUUCCGAGGGAAGUGGAUCAUCUGAAAGACUUUAGGGUCAUCGCUACUGCUUGCGGCGAUGUCCACACUUUGGCCCUCACUGACGAGGGCCGCGUGUACUCCUUUGGAGGCGGCUCCUACGGACAGCUCGGCGUCAAGGAUGUGUUGGCGAUGCCAGUCGACGCAGACAACU